UUUCACCUUUUAGUCCCUGAAAAAUUCUUCUAUAAUCCUCAGUUGCUUACGUUUUAGCCCCUAAAGUAUUUAUUAAAUCUGUUUCAGAUCCUCUCUCCGACUCCCCCCUGUAAUAAAGCGGUUCAUCUUUUUGGUUGUCGGGCUUUUUGUAUUGAAACGCUCUUCUGAAAAGAAAAACCAGAAACGAAAACAUAAAUAAAACCAGAAACCUCUAAAACUUGAUCGAUUUUGAUCAAAAACGUUAACCCUUUUCCGUUUUGUUGUCAGUAAGUAUGGGUGAUUCAACGACAGAAAACCCAGAGAUUCAUCCGAAGUUUGUUACUGGAGAAGCAGGAUAUAUUCUUGAAGAUGUUCCUCACUUGUCAGAUUACAUUCCUAACCUCCCUACAUAUCCCAACCCAUUGCAAGAUAAUCCAGCAUAUGCUGUUGUAAAGCAGUAUUUUGUUAAUGUGGAUGAUACGGUUUGCCAAAAGAUUGUUGUGCAUAAGGAUAGCCCAAGAGGGAAACAUUUUCGACGUGCUGGUCCACGUCAGAGGGUGUAUUUCGAGGCAGAUGACGUGCAUGCAUGUAUUGUAACAUGUGGUGGAUUGUGCCCUGGGCUGAACACAGUGAUUAGGGAGAUUGUUUGCGGUUUGUACCACAUGUACGGUGUCACGAAAAUUCUUGGAAUAGAUGGAGGAUACAGGGGUUUCUAUUCUCGAAAUACCAUUCCUUUAACACCAAAGGUUGUAAAUGACAUCCACAAACGUGGUGGCACUAUCAUAGGAACCUCACGUGGCGGCCAUGAUACCUCAAAAAUAGUCGACAACAUCCAGGACCGAGGAAUUAAUCUGGUCUUCAUUAUUGGAGGAGAUGGAACUCAAAAAGGAGCAUCUGUGAUUUUUGAGGAAAUUAAAAGGCGAGGUCUCAAAGUUGCUGUUGCUGGAAUUCCAAAGACCAUUGAUAAUGACAUUCCGGUUAUUGAUAAGUCCUUUGGUUUCGACACUGCUGUUGAAGAGGCUCAACGGGCCAUAAAUGCAGCACAUGUUGAAUCUGUUAGUCAGGAGAAUGGUAUCGGUCUUGUCAAGUUAAUGGGUCGCGACAGUGGGUUCAUUGCAAUGUAUGCUACUCUUGCCAGCCGAGAUGUGGACUGUUGCUUGAUUCCAGAGUCACCUUUUUAUCUUGAAGGACCCGGGGGACUCUUUGAAUAUAUUGAAAAACGUCUAAAAGAGAAUGGACAUAUGGUUAUUGUGAUAGCUGAAGGGGCAGGACAGGAUGUUCUUGCUAAAUGCAUGGAGCAUGAUGCUUCAGGAAACAAAGUUCUCCAAGAUGUUGGACACUGGUUAUCCCACAAAAUCAAGGAUCAUUUUACAAAAAAACACAAGAUGACCAUAAACCUCAAAUACAUAGAUCCAACAUACAUGAUCCGUGCUGUUCCUUCAAAUGCAUCUGACAAUGUGUACUGCACGCUACUUGCUCACAGUGCUAUUCACGGUGCGAUGGCAGGGUACACUGGUUGUAUUACUGGACCUGUUAAUGGCAGACACGCUUACAUACCGUUCCAACGAGUAACGGAGAUCCAGAAUAAAGUUGUGAUUACCGAUAGAAUGUGGGCAAGGCUACUGGCUUCCACAAACCAACCAAGCUUUAUGAGCACACAGGAUAUCACGGAAGAGAAGAAAGUGGAAGAACCAAGACCAACACAGCUUUUGGAGGGGGAAAAUUGCCAGGAUAGCAAGUAUUGAGUAGACUUCUAGAGAAUUGCUGGGUUAUGUUGAGUGUUUGUGUUUUUUUUGUUUUGUUUUUUUGUGUAGAAAGGUUAAACUUGUAUUAGGAGAAAAAUAGUAUCAGUUACAAAGAUUUGAAGUCCCCUGAAAAACGGAAAAAGCAAUGAACUAUCUACAAUCUAUGAUGACUUUUAACCAUUUUUCUACAGAA